AUGAACUCAAGAGUUGAUUCUGCCAAUGAGAUAGGUGCUCGGGCUUUUGUCAAUGCUGUUAGUGCUAAGUUAGGAGUAAAUGGGAAGAUUGUAUGUCCAUGUGCCCGAUGCCGCAAUCUAGAUCGGCAUACAAGUGAGGAGGUUGUCUCUCAUUUGGUUAUAAAUGGAAUGGAUGGCGCCUACAAGGUACGCACGGAUUGGUUUCACCAUGGAGAAGGUAACUCUGUUUCUGUAGUGGAAGGUGAAGAUAGAUUGAGAUAUGCUGAGAUCCUUAGUUUAUAUGAAGCUGCAAAAUGUUUAGAUGAAGAUUUAACCAUUAGUGGAUCAAAGUUACGUGAGUCAGUUGAGGGUGAGGACAGGAAAGAAGAUGAGUUUCUAGCAAAACUUGCAGAGGCUAAAACCCCUUUGUAUCCAACGUGUUCGAGUCAUAGCAAGCUAUCAGCUGUUGUUUCGUUGUUUAGGAUAAAGUCUCAGAAUUGGUGGUCAGACAAGAGCUUUGAUGACUUACUGCAAACACUGCCAAACAUGUUACCUGAAGACAACGUGUUGCACACCUCAACCUAUGAUGUGAAGAAGUUUUUGAAAUAUUUUUAUAUGGGAUAUCAAAAGAUUCAUGCUUGUGUGAACGACUGUUGCUUAUUUAGAAAGAAGCUUAAGAAGGCUGAGAGAUGCCCAAAAUGCAAGGCGUCUAGAUGGAAGACCAACAUGCACACUGGUGAAGUCAAGAAGAGUGUUCCACAGAAGGUUUUGAGAUACUUUCCAUUAAUACCUCGUCUGAAAAGGAUGUUCAGAUCGGAGCAACUUACAAUGGACUUAAGAUGGCAUUUCAGUAACAAGAGCACAGAUGGGAAACUGCGCCAUCCAGUAGACUCUUUUACUUGGAAGUCAAUGAAUGACAAGUAUCCGUCUUUUGCAGCGGAGGAGAGGAACUUGCGACUUGGGCUUUCAACCGAUGGGUUUAAUCCCUUCAAUAUGAAGAGCAGCCGAUACAGUUGUUGGCCUGUGUUACUGGUUAAUUACAACAUGGCUCCUGACCUAUGUAUGAAGGAGGAGAACAUCAUGCUCAAUCUACUGAUUCCAGGACCGCAUCAACCGGGUAAUAGUAUAGAUGUUUACUUAGAACCCCUUAUAGAAGAUUUAAAUCAUCUGUGGUGCAUAGGCGAGUUAACUUACGAUGCAGUCAGUAAGACAACAUUUACGCUUAGGGCAAUGCUUCUUUGGACUAUUAGUGAUUUCCCAGCGUAUGGGAAUCUUGCUGGUUGUGUAAAGUGA